CCGACUCACAUUUGAUACUUCCGACGAAUCAAGCGCGCAGCCACUAACUCACGAUCUAUCUCUUACUCUACUAACAAAUCGGAAUGACUGCAAUUGCAGAACUAGCCUUGAACUUUGAUCUGAGCCCCGAGAAUGGUCGAUUUCUUGAUCCUCCGGCCCGGCUUUUUUCGAUACUGGAUUUCAAAAACAGUGACGACACGAAUCGCUGGGGAGAUACUACCCAACACAUCGACACAGCAAGGUGUGCUCUGUUGACAACAGCGUUUAGAGACUCGCCGACUUGGAGGCGUCUCGUGCAGCAUGGUGUUAUAGAAAAACUAUGCAAAGCUAUCGUCGAGUUCCCUAGUGACGGAGAAUCAAUGUUUUGGGGUACAGGGAUCCUCAUGCCCAUAGUCGUUUUUGAUACGCCUCUCUGCACUGGAGGUAUAUCUAGCCCGACUGGGAAGAUCAUUGUGGACACAUUGAAGAGAUACUGGCGUCCUAUAACUCAGAAGAUUUGGAAUGAGCCGUCUUUAUUAUUCUCACUGAAGGAAGACCCUUUCACGUUUUCUAUGAGGACCGCACUUCCCACUACAUUUCUAUGUCUAACGGAGGAUGCCGGCUUCAUCGCCUCGCUGCUGGACGUUGAGGACGACAUUACUCUUUCACUAUUCACAAAGAUAUGGUGGCAUUGUACUGGCGAUCUUGACACCUACUGCCUCAUGAAGGCUCUUGACUGGUUCCUAAGCAUGCCGGCAACACUUAUGUCUAAUCCUGCCACUCGGAAUCCGGAAAUCUGUCGAAGUGUGACGACAAAAGUAUUAAGUCAGAUCGUUCGCGGACUCCAUCCUGCCUCGGUAUCUGAAUGCUCUCAAUUUCUUUCUCGCCUCCUCGAUAUGAAGGGUUCGCAUUCUGGACAAAUCAGGAAGAUCCUCAAGAGUUUUACUGGGUACAUCCAAAACGGCAUGGCCUUUUACAUUUCCCACAGCGAGGGGUGGAUUUGUCCCAUUGUCCCUACGCCGAACGGCCCACAUCCAGAUAUAUUGAAGCGAGGAAAUUUAACGUGGCCACAGCCUUCUUCAUAUCCUCCCGACCCCAGGGAUCACUUUUAUCGAAGUUCAUUACCGCUAAACGAGCGGGCCACGCAUUGCGCUUUCUUUCGCGCGAUGGUGCUCACAGAACCGUUCUGGUCGCAAUAUUUCGAGAUCGUCCGAGGGAUAGUGGAGAAAGAGGGACCGACAUCUAAACGAUGUCUGGACGUCUUCAGAGGUGCAAUGUUCAGCUCCUAUCCGGAACACGAAGGAGCGGAUCUGGUUCGUUUGGUCACCGCUUGGCUGAAUGCCGGACUUUUUGACAUUCUCGACGCGCUCUAUCCAAUAAUCAAGACGCAAGAGGCUCUGUUUAGCGUGCAUCUCUUCCGUACCCUACGACUCACUUUAAAGGCGAAAUCGCUCCCGCGCAGCCAGCGACAAGGUUUGUUCAUCCCUACGAAGCCUCCUCCAGCUCAUCUCCUGCGCUCCGCCCUCGACUUCGACAUGAAUACCUCGAAGGAUCUUUUGAAGAACAAGCCUCAACUUGGCGAGACUUUCCAGAUCAAACUGCCUCGAACAAAUUUUACUCCAGGCCUGACUAACCACACAGGAGCGAGAAGGUGGCUGUGGGUGGCGCUGUACAUUCUGCAGGCGAAGAAGGCAUCGGUGUGCAGGCGGCACGGGUGUCCGGACGGAGGGAGGCUGAGGUGCAAGGCGUGUAAGACAAGGUAUUGCGGUGUUGCGUGUCAAAGAUUGGAUUGGCGCGAUCAUCGCCUGAUUUGCGGCCUACAUGUAAUGGCGGAUGGCGUUGACGUAGACGAAAAUAGCCCGCUGUCGAAUCCGGAAUACCGCGCUACGACGUUGACUGUGACCUAUCCGUCCAGAGAAUCGAGGAAGUGA